UCCCCGCCCUUCCCACCAGUCGGGAAGCCUGGAUUGUGGACUAGGGGAAGCCACAGCCUCUCCCACCUGGCACCCACUGCCCCCAGCGCCUAGGCACCUGCUCCGAGCCCCUUAAAGCUGCCAGCAGAGCCCUAGAAGACUGCAGCCUGGUAGGUUGACAGAUGAAGAAACUGAGGUGCAGGGAAGACUCCUUGCUUCCCACAGUCACACAGGUGGGAUGAAGCAGCGCAGAGGAUCCACCCGACCCUGCGUCAGCUGCUAGUUGCUUGGAUCACCUUGUGUGCCUGGCCUCACCUUUCACGUGACCCCACCCCACGCUCCAGCUGCACUAGGCCUCGGCUCCACCAGAUUUGAGAGUCUGCAGGCCGCCCUGCAUUGCCUAGGUUGGCUCCUUGCUCUUGCCCUAUGCCACCCCUGCUCUCACUCAAGAUAAUUCAAGACACCACCAGCCUCAUCAGCCUCAUCAGGACCCUGGGCUGGCCCCCCACUCCAGCUCACCGUGAAAGGGAGGCCCAGCCAGAAGACGCCUCCAAGCUGUGCAUGAGCCAGAUUUCACACUGAGCAGCUGCAGACAGAGAAAUCAGAGAAAGCACAACCCAGCCUCAGAUUCCGAGGGGCCUGCUGGGGACUCUUUCCUGCUCAGAAGGAAGACCCUGAGGCAGCUGUCUCAGGCCAGGUCCUGGCUGCAAUGGAACUUACAACCACUGCCCCCCAGCUGCCCUCUGCACUGCCAGGCAGAUAAGGAUAAGCCCUGCCCAGGACUACCUGCUACCUGCUGCUGGGCUGCUCCUCUGUGACCAGCCCUUCCUCGACUUUGGCCACCUUUGCUGACCUGAGGCCAUGUAGGCCCCACUUGGGCCUCUGUGAAUAGAACACUACUGGGGAAGCCACCUCUGCUCUCUGGGGGACCCAGUGCACCACCAUGCCCAGGGAACUCGUCUGGCUGCGCUAUCUCGGGAUCCUCCUUGGCAUGGCCUUGGGGAACGAGGGAUUGGAGUUGUGGCCCUUGACUCAGAGUGAGGAGUGCGCCAUCACUGGCUUUCUGCGGGACAAGCUGCAAUACAGGAACCGCCUUCAAUAUACGAAACACUACUUCCCCAUCAAUUACAGGGUCAGUGUGCCUUAUGAGGGGGUGCUUCGAAUAGCCAACAUCACCAGGCUGCAGAGGGCCCGGGUGAGCCAGCAGGAGCUGCGGUAUCUGUGGGUCUUGGUGAGUCUUAGUGCUACCGAGUCAAUGCAGGAGGUUCUGCUCGAGGGCCAUCCAUCCUGGAAGUACCUGGAGGAGGUACAAAGGCUGCUGCUGGAUGUCCAGCAAGGCCUCACGGGUGUGGAGGUCAGCCCCCAGGUGGAAGCGGUGUUGUCCCUCCUGAGUGCCCCAGGAAGCCUGAAGCUGGUGCGGCCCAAAGCCCUUUUGGACAACUGCUUCCGGGUCAUGGAGCUGCUGUACUGCUCUUGCUGUAAACAAAGCUCCGUCCUAAAUUGGCAGGACUGUGAGGUGCCAAGCCCUCAGCCUCACAGCCCAGAGCCCUUGUCACAUUGUGUGGCUGCCCUGCUGUACCCUCCACCCCAGCAGUCCCUCACCUCCCUGCCCGGCUCCUCGGGAUCCAUGGCCAGACUGCCGGCUCAGUGAAGCUGCUGAGGGUAAAGGCCUCCUGCCCUGAGUUGUCUGAAUGGUGACCUGGGUAAGGCAGCUGAAGGAGUUCCUGCAAGAGAUGGACUGGGCCUAAGACUUCACUGGGUGGUGGUGGGGAGAACUUCUUGGGAGAGGAGGCCCAGGGACAGGGGCUUCCUCUGAGGGGAUUCUGUGCCUGAGAAGGCUCCACUUCCCACCUUCUGUACCUCACAUGGUCUCACCUGGAGUGGUGAGGGCUGGGGACACCUGAAGGUGGACAAAGACAGAGCCUGUGGCCCCUCCUGGCUCUGCGCAGUUCCUCUUCCCUGAAGGCAGUGCUGAUUGUUUCCUGAGCCCAAAAAGGCAAGAGCUGUUCCAGGUGGGCAUGGUGGGGACAUGACUCAGCAGGGCCAGGAGAGGGCAAAAAGCCUGGGGAGAGGGCAGAGCCACAUCUUUUAUUUUUUUCUAUUAAACACCCGCUUUGUUUUGGUUUGGUUUGGUUUUCAUCUUUGAGGGUGAACUCUGAGGCCAUUUCCCCCUCCCCUCUAGUUGGCCAAGUGCAGGAGGCAGGAAGAGCAGGAUGGUCUGGUCUGGUCUGGGUCUGAAGAUUCAGAUUUGGAAUGGUUGUGGCGCCUUAACCAGGGCUCUGGAAUGGUGGGAAUUUGAGGGAUUGUUUCUUCCAGUCCUGCCCCGGCCCGUGAAGCCUCAAGAAGCCUGAUGUGUCAGUGCCUCCUGGCUACCCGCCCACCCUCUCUCCCUCCAUCUGGCAGUCCCAAGCCUGCCCCAAGCAGGGUCAGAGCUGAGGCAAAAGCAUGGGUCCGGGCACAAGAUAUGGCCACUCCUGCCCACCUCCAAACACAGAGCCCUGCAGAGAACCCCCCACCCCUGGCCGGGAACUGGGAAGGGCAAAUGCUGGCAGAGGCUGCUGGGGGCGGCAGGUAAGCGGCAUUGGAGUAAGCCAGGCAGAGGCAGGGGUGUUACAGUACAACUUUAUUAAUACUGGAAUCUUCACAGUGCAUUUGUUACUUGUAGCAGUGACUAUUUAAAUCAAGGGGAGGAUGGGUUGCGGGAGGCAGGGGGGAGGAAAAGAUAAUUUAUCCAUAAACAGACAAAAAGAAAAGAAACAAAAUGGUUCAGAUGGGAUGGGGGUGGGGUGGUGGAAGGAAAAAAAAGUGAGUAGGAACCAGGAGGGGAGGCCUAGGGUGGGGAAAUAAAUUAAAAAAAAAGGAACAAGUUAACAACAGCACCAGAAAAGUUACUUCAGUCAAAAGACGCUUUUGAAAAGAAUAUUUCUCUGUACAAAAAGAAAAAUGAAACAAACAUAAAGAAGUCCCCCAAAACAAACUUUGUGAUGUGGGAUGGUUGGCUGGGAUCCCAAAGGGGUGGGCCUAUGAGGUGGUUACUAAAUGGACGAGAGUUGGUCAAGGGGAUGGAGGAAUUAUGUACAGCCCUGGGGUGGCUUAGAGGGGAAGGCAGACGUGGGAGCAUGGGGUUGGGGGGUGGCUGUGCCACACCCAUCCCCUCCCUGGCUCUCUGAAGCCCCCUCCCCUCCCCUGGGGGCAAGCUCUUCCUCAUGGGGACUCAGCUAUACCCCCACCCCACUGCCCCUUACCCUGCUAACAUCACAUGACCUGCAUCUUACCUCAGCCCACCUGGGCAAACCUGGGGUAGGGGGGCAGUGUAACCCCCCCCCCCCCAAGGGUUUCACAAAUAGGCCACUUGCUCUCUGGGGCCUUUCAGGCCUUCCCUUCUCGGGCCCUUCUCCAGGUGCGCUCAGCAAGGCUCCUUUCUCAGACCUAGCGACUUACAGGUACCGUUCUCUACCCGCUUUCGGGGAGCCCAUGGGGCUCCAUUCACUCAGGGCUACCCUUGGUUCCCCAGCCCUGACUGGCCCGCCCUGCCUCGCCCCCAUUUCCCAGCACAACAACUACCAGAAGCUCCAGCCUGGUGCUGGGAGACUCGCCCCAGCCCCAUCCCAUCCAGACCAGGAAAAGCCAGCUCUCCUGACCCUGGGAGGUCCCUGCCCUGUGGCCCUGCUGCCCUGCCGCACUUGGCUGGCCUGCAGGGCCACAGGAAGCCCUCCGCUUGCCCUUGGCACACGUGCUUUUUACCUGCUUAGAGUUGGCGUGACAACUGGUGUGGGGUGGGAGGAGGGGAGGUGGUGGUGAGGAAGGGUGUACUCCCCUCCCUGCCCCCACCACCAGCACAAGACCAGGAUGCGGGGACCAUCCUGGAAUGGCAUCUCCUCUGACAACAGAGAGUCAAAGCCAAUCUCCCCUACUCCCUGACUCCCACUCCGUCUGCUGCAGACCAGCAGGAGGUCCCGCCCCCAGCCCUCUCCAGCCUCAUUUUGGCUUUGCUCAAGCCGCUGGAGAGAAUAGCUGCCCCCUGGCUUUGGGGGGGGGGCUUUUUGGCUCUCCUCCUCCUGCCAUGGGACCACCAAGCCACUGUUGGGCCCCCUGACCCUCAGGCACUCUUGGACACACCCUGUACCGUCUACCCUGUCCCCACACACAGUCCUUGUCCAGUCAGCUCCAUUUUAUUAUAUAUUCAUAAAAGAACCUUCCCUGUCCCAGCUCCAAACCCUGCCCCCAAAGGUGGCCAAAACCAUGAUCAAAGUGCCACCAGAGUUAAAUUGUCUCCAUGUGACCAGGUGAGGCUGGAAUAUGAAAGUAGCUCCUGGGGGACUGGCUA